AUGGCGGCGCCCAGCCCCGCGGCGGUUGCUGCUGCUGCCGCCGCCGCCGCCGAUGCCCCGGAGAACGAGAGCGGCGCCCUGGCGACCAAGCCGAAGUCCCCGGCCAUCACCCCGCAGAAGGUGCGGGAGCUGAUCGACGAAGGCAUCGCCCCGGAGGAAGCCGGGCAGGACAGAAAAGAUUCCUCUGCCUUCGGUGAAGUGGCCAAUGGCUCUCCCCAGACCAAUGAACUGCAUUUUGAAUCCACUAGCAAAGAGGCUUUCUUUAACAGAGUAGAAACAUUCACCUCCCUCAAGUGGGCAGGCAAACCCCACGAGCUGUCGCCCCUGAUCUGCGCCAAGUAUGGAUGGACCAACGUGGAGUGCGACAUGUUGAAAUGCUCCAGCUGCCAAGCGUACCUCUGCGCCAGUCUCCAGCUGGCAUUCGACUUCAGCAAAUAUAAGGAGAGGUGCCUGGAGCUGCAGAAGGCCUUGUUGGGAGCUCACGAAAAAUUCUGCUUCUGGCCAGACAGUCCUUGCCCAGAUCGGUUUUCGGUGCUGCUGGUGGAAGAACCCCACGCUCUUUGCACCGACUUCCUAGAACGCUUCCGAAAUCUGUGUCAGCUGCAGCUUCAGCUGCCCUCCCUGAAGCCGGACAGUCUCAAAAAUGUGUCCUUGACGGAAGACAAGGUCAGCUUUCUCUUGCAAUUGAUCGAGGAGAAGGAGAAGGAAGAGGAGGAGAACCGCAAAACCGAAGGCGAGAAGACAUCGGCCAAGCCGCCUUCGGACCUUCUUCAAGUCCACAUCACAGCUUCCAUUCUAGCCCUUUGCGGCUGGACCGGUAGUCCUCCCUCUGGCUCUGUCCAUCUGCCCUUGAUCAGCUGCUCCCGUUGCAUGAGGAAAGUGGGGCUGUGGAGUUUUCACCAGAUGGAGUCCACGGAGACCGAGCUGGAGAACCUCUCCAACGUUGCCCCCGUGGCCGAGAAACCCCCUCUGGGGCCCACCUCCUCCCCACGACGGAUGAUCACCCGGAGCCAGGACACCAGUGUCCCUCUGGGCUCGGAGCAGCACGAGAAGAGUCCCUCGCCAGUGAUCAGCCGCACGAGGGGCGGGGACAGCUUCAGCGAGCACCCUGAGGCCGAAGCAGCCAGCCCCACCCCCCGGAGCCGGCCUGUGACCCGCAGCAUGGGCCACGGGGAAGCCUGCGGCCCAGGAGCUGAAGUGCCGUCCAGCCCCCACCGGAAAGCCAAGCGGCCACGCCUGUACUCCUCCGGCAGUUCCGUGAGCGAUUCAUUGACCCGGGUUUUCUUCGACCCCCUGGCCCAGCACCGUGACUGGUGUCCGUGGGUCAACGAGGUGAAAGAAGCAACAGGGCUUGGAACCAAAGGGGACUCCCUGGAGGAGAAGGCAGACCGUGGUUGGCAGGUGGUCCUGAAAGUUCUUCAGGCUUCCGGGCAGUCAGAAAAGCCAGCCCACCUGGAGUCUGAGAGCCUCUCGACCAAAUCCCGCAAGGUCUUCCAGAUUUUCCGCCAGUGGGAAGCCGCCUGCUCCUCCUGAAGACCUGCCGACAGCAUCGGGACGGUGCAAAGUUAGGCACAGCGGAAACACGACCCAUUCGGUUAGCAGGAGGGACCUUGCGUAAGAGAAGAGAGACCCAGGGAGAAAGAAUUACCUACCACCUCCUCGUGGCAAGUCUCACCCUCUUUCCCCCAUCCACGGACAGAAGCAUGGGGCAGUCGCCCGCCUCCCACCGAAGAAAAGGCCUUACCUGCGGCGC